AUGAAGUGCUUCGUCGCUAUCGUUCUCUUGGCCCUCUGCGCUGUAGCCUUAGCUGCAGAGAAACCUCUGGAACCCGAAAAGCUCGAGCCGCAGCAGCAACCGAACGUAGAAGGUGUGGACGGACCAAGGGAUAAGAGAACACCUGUGCUGGCCUACACUGCGCCACUUGCAUACACUUCUUACAUAUCACCAUAUACCUACGCUGCCAGUUACGGCUUGCCCUAUGCCUAUAGCGCGUCCUACUAUCGCUCUUACCCUUACUACUAUAACACAUACUAUUAGGGUUAAUUCUGAGUUAUCAGAGUUAACGCCUGAAGGAUUUUUCUGACGAAGACUACGGAAACGAUUAUGGCAAUCGCAAAGAUUUUCAACCAAAUAGUUUACUUUGAGCUUACUUAAACUAAGAUAGCCAAUAGCUGGACGAAAUUUUCUCCGAUGUUAACAUUCGAAAAGCUCCUAACUAUUUCUCCAAUGAAAUU